CAGGAAAUACGAAACCGAGCCAGCGACUGUUCAUAUAAGGUGGCAGCACUUCCAGAGAAUCACAAUCGAAACCGAUAUAGAGAUGUCAGCCCCUGGCCCCUUGAAGAACACCUGCGGUCACUUCUGGUUGAUGGUCUGGGAGCAGAACUCCAAAGCUGUUAUAAUGCUGAACAGAAUCCUAGAGAAGGGGUCUGAGAAGUGUGCUCAGUACUGGCCUACAGCUGAGGAACAGCAGCUAUCUUACACUGACACAGGGUUUGUCGUGACGCUAGUGAAGGAAGAGGACAAGUCCAACUACAUUAUACGAGUGUUGGAGCUGAGGAACACAGAGACAGGAGGAACCACAGAGAUAUACCACUUUCACUACACCACCUGGCCUGACUUUGGCGUCCCAGAAUCCCCAGCCUCUUUCCUCAACUUCCUGGUCAAGGUGCGGGAGUCUGGCUCAUUGGGGCCGGAGCACGGGCCCUCCGUGGUCCACUGCAGCGCUGGGAUUGGACGCUCGGGGACCUUCUCGUUGGUCGACACGUGUCUCAUCCUGAUGGACAAGAGGAAGGACUCGUCGUCAGUGGACAUUCUGAGAGUUCUGCUGGACAUGAGGGAGUACCGGAUGGGUCUGAUCCAGACUCCUGACCAGCUACGUUUCUCCUACAGGGCUGUCCUGGAGGGAGCCAAGAGCAUCAUGGGAGACUGCUCUGCACAGAGCCAGAAGAGAGAGCUGUCCAGAGAGGACAGAGCGACAGUAUGUGAUUCACCGCCUGCCCCUCCUCCCAGGUGGCUCUCUGACACCCCCGCCCCUCCUCUACCCCCACCACGACCUUUAGACACCCCCACCCCACCACAGCCUUUAGACACCCCCGCCUCCCCUCUACCCCCACCACAACCUUUAGACACCCCCACCCCACCACAGCCUUUAGACACCCCCCCAUCCCCUCUACCCCCACCACAGCCUUUAGACGCCCCCAUCCCCACUACCCCCACCACGACCUUUAGACACCCCCACCCCACCACAGCCUUUAGACGCCCCCAUCCCCUCUACCCCCACCACAGCCUUUAGACACCCCCGCCCCCCCUCUACCCCCACCACAGCCUUUAGACGCCCCCCCGUCCCCUCUACCCCCACCACGGCCUUUAGACGCCCCCCCGUCCCCCAGUCGGCCCUCAGAAAAGCCCAACGGCCAGCCACUACCCAGUGUGGAGCCUGAGCCUGUGGCGUUGUCCAGAGAGGACCGGACAUCAGGAGACGGGACAGAUCCAGACAGCUCAGAGAAGGACCUGGCGGAGGUGCCAAGUCUGAGGAAGAGACACAGGGAGGAGCGUAUCGCCUGCACGGCCCAGAAGCUUCACCUGAUGAAACAGAGACUGACGAACACAGAGAGGCAGAGAGAACGCUGGCUGUACUGGAGGCCUGUCCUGCUCAACAUGGGGGCUGGAGCUGCCGUGGCCCUGGGGCUAGUGGUGGUUUGGCUCUUCUCCCAGUGAUUUCCCUCCCUCUGUCAGAGCUGCCGUGGCCCUGGGGCUAGUGGUGGUUUGGCUCUUCUCCCAGUGAUUUCCCUCCCUCUGUCAGAGCUGCCGUGGCCCUGGGGCCAGUGGUGGUUUGGCUCUUCUCCCAGUGAUACCCCCUCCCUCUCUGUCUUUUUUUGCACCAGUACCUGGGACACGGUGCCCUCUCUCUCUCUCUCUCUGUAAGAUACAUUCUCAUGGUCUGUUUGUGUAUUUAUUUCUACAGGUCAAAACCAAGAUUGGGGUCAAUUCCAUUUUUGAUUCCUGUCAAUUCAGGAAGCACACUGAAAUUCCACAUUUCAAUUCUCUUCAAGCUUUUAAAAAAAAAAAAUGAUUUAACAUUUUGAAUGUAGUUUUACUUUCUGAAUUGACAUGGUGUUGAACUCAACCCUGGUGGAAAGGUCAGAGAUCAAACCGUCCCAGUGUAUAUUCUGGUUCCUGUUUAAAGUUCUUGGUGGUAACAUCUUGUCUCAGGCUGUUGGUGCUCCAGUUGGCAGCACCUGAUGAAUGUACUGUCUGAACCCCCCCCUCCUAUGCAGCAGCAACAGACAUCAUGUGCAAAAGGCUCAGUACGAAACAACAAACAUCUUGACCUUUUUUUUACUUUUUCUUCCGUUCAUUCUUUUUAUUUCAUUUUAAAAGGUCAGAUUGUUUCAUUGAUAUGGUUGAUGUACGUAUUUGACAGGAAGCACUUCAAAGGCUGGGUGUCACCUCUUUUUGGGGGGGAUCCUCUCAUAGAGCACACAGUGCAACAGGAACAUAGAGGUCAGAGGUCAACAGUAGAACUGUUCUCUAACCAAAACAACAUACUUUGUUCUUCAUAAUGCUGAUGGUGCUUUGACAUGUGUUCCUGACCAGACACGGUUCUUGUGUCAGCAGGGCCCGGACCGGGCAGGUUCCCCCUGGUCCGUUAGUCUGGUCUCUACCUACCAACCCACGUUGUUGUGUACUGGGUCCAUACAGCAGGUUCCCCCUGUUAGUCUGGUCUCUACCUACCAACCCACGUUGUUGUGUACUGGGUCCAUACAGCGGGUUCCCCCUGGUCCGUUAGUCUGGUCUCUACCUACCAACCCACGUUGUUGUGUACCGGGUCCAUACAGCAGGUUCCCCCUGGUCCGUUAGUCUGGUCUCUACCUACCAACCCACGUUGUUGUGUACCGGGUCCAUACAGCAGGUUCCCCCUGGUCCGUUAGUCUGGUCUCUACCUACCAACCCACGUUGUUGUGUACCGGGUCCAUACAGCAGGUUCCCCCUGUUAGUCUGGUCUCUACCUACCAACCCACGUUGUUGUGUACUGGGUCCAUACAGCAGGUUCCCCCUGUUAGUCUGGUCUCUACCUACCAACCCACGUUGUUGUGUACUGGGUCCAUACAGCAGGUUCCCCCUGUUAGUCUGGUCUCUACCUACCAACCCACGUUGUUGUGUACCAGGUCCAUACAGCAGGUUCCCCCUGUUAGUCUGGUCUCUACCUACCAACCCGCUGGGUUACGUUCUACUGGCAGCUGAUCCAGGAUGUCUCUCCUGGUGGACUUCUCAGCUAGCUGUGCAAAGUCUGCUUAUGAGGUUUAUUUUAUUUAGUUGUAGUAUUAUUCAUCUGAUGCUGGCUGACUGACUGGAUGGCUGACUGACUGGAUGGCUGACUGGCUGGCUGACUGGCUGGCUGGAUGGCUGACUGGCUGGAUGGCUGACUGACUGGCUGGCUGACUGACUGGAUGGCUGACUGGCUGGCUGGCUGACUGGAUGGCUGACUGGCUGGAUGGCUGACUGACUGGCUGGCUGACUGACUGGCUGACUGGCUGGAUGACUGGCUGGAUGGCUGACUGACUGGCUGGCUGACUGGCUGAUUGACUGACUGGCUGGCUGACUGACUGGCUGGAUGACUGACUGACUGACUGGCUGGCUGACUGGCUGGCUGGAUGGCUGACUGACUGGCUGGAUGGCUGACUGACUGACUGGCUGAUUGACUGACUGACUGGCUGACUGACUGGCUGACUGACUGGCUGAUUGACUGACUGGCUGGAUGACUGGCUGGAUGGCUGGCUGACUGGCUGGAUGACUGGCUGGAUGACUGGCUGGGUGACUGGCUGGCUGACUGGCUGGAUGACUGACUGGCUGGAUGACUGGCUGGCUGACUGGCUGGAUGACUGACUGACUGGCUGGCUGGAUGACUGGCUGGCUGACUGGCUGGAUGGAUGACUGGCUGGAUGACUGGCUGGAUGACUGGCUGGCUGACUGGCUGACUGGAUGGCUGACUGGCUGGAUGACUGGCUGGCUGACUGGCUGGAUGGCUGACUAGAUGGCUGAUGCCCAGCAGACAGUAAGGAGAAGUGAUGUAUGACAGUAGCCUUGGUCUCUGUGUUGCAGCAUGGACAGAGAAACUUGUGUGUGUGUGUGUGUGUGUGUGUGUGUGUGUGUGUGUGUGUGUGUGUGUGUGUGUGUGUGUGUGUGUGUGUGUGUGUGUGUGUGUGUGUGUGUGUGUGUGUGUGUGUGUGUGUGUGUGUGUGUGUGAAAGCAAGGUGUCAAUAUGAUGUGGUUGUAUAUUUUACUCUGUUGCUUUUAAAACCCCCAAAAUACUUGAAUGUGCCUUUACGGUAGUCCCAGGGUUACCAUAGUAACGUGGUAGGGAACGGAGCCCUGUUUGCUAUUAGGACAGUGUGACAGAGUUGACUUCAUAUACCCUGAAUGGUCAUUGUCCUGUAUACUGUCGAUCAAAAAUAAACCGUGUGGCUAAACUCA